AUGAAGCCAAAUGCAAGCUUUAGUCUCAAUACCUUCAUACGCUAUCGGCCGGAGUGGCCUCUACUACUGAGGGCUGAAGAUGGCUAUAGCUACUCCCUGUCGAUGGUGACCAUCGCUGCGGCCCGACCAGUAGUAGGUGUAACCACCCACAUUGGUCGUGGUGCUACCAUCCUGACGUUCCAAGCCCCUACCCUGACGGCCCGCCUUAAGUUUAGCCUCGGGCAGUCACUACGGGUGGACGCCACCACUGCCACCCCGCUGACGUUGCCCCAUAUAGCGAGGGUUGGCUGGCUGCAGGCCCCAAGAUCCACCUUUGGGCUUUACCCCACAAGCCUCACGCCGGGUUGGCGGCCACUGGGACGCGGAGAGAUUGUAUGUGGCUACUCACACACACUUGCCCUGAGCGAUGAGGGCAGCCUUUGGGCCUGGGGUGCCAAUGGUUAUGGCCAGCUGGGCACAGGUAACAAGGCCAACCAGUGCGCACCUGUCAGAGUAGCUCAGGAUAUUGGACGUAUUGUGGACAUUGCAUCAACACAUUACUGUCACUUGUCAGCUGCCAUGACGCAAAAUUCCAAAGUAUACCUCUGGGGACACUGCAAAGGUCAGAGUGUAGUUGGUCCUCUGGAAACCGGUUUUAGUAGUCUCCAUGAGGUGUUUGCACUCUGGGCAUCUCCAAGUGUGACAUAUGAACCUCUCAACGUUACCUCUUUCACUCGCUCAUCUCUAGCACAAGCAAUGGCACUAGCACUAGAUGAUGAGGAAACCGCAGACGUAGUCUUUGUGGUGGAUGACCGAAGGAUAAGAGCCCAUCGAGCUGUGCUGAAAAUUAGGUGUCAGUAUUUCCGCAACAUGUUCCAAGAGCACUGGAAAGAAAAUAGCCUAGAAGAAGUUGAAGUGAAAGACUACUCGUUUGUAGUGUUUCGAGCCUUUUUGCAGUACAUCUAUACGGAUACAGUCAACGUUUCACCAGAAGAUGCAAUAGGUUUAUUAGACUUAGCGAACGCAUACUGCGAAGAAGCCUUAAAGCGACACUGCGAGAGAAUAAUACGCCAUGGCAUUACCACGGAGAAUGCUGCCAUGCUCUAUGCUGUUGCCAUUAAAUAUGAAGCGACGGAGUUGGAGGAGUUUUGCUUCCGCUUUGCCCUCAACCACAUGACAGAAGUCGCACAAACGGAAGCCUUCAUGGCCCUCGACGAAUUGACAGUGAAGAACUUCAUCCAGCGAGCAGCACAGCAUGGUGCAUUUAAGUACUGAUAUUCUAGCUACUUGUUGAUGAGAAUCUCACAACAACAACAGCAGCCGAGGCAUGGUCACCAUUCCUAACAUAACACAAGUUUAAGGGGCGGACAACGAGGGUCAGGAAUGCGAUGGUCAGGGGGGUGCUGACGACGAUAAGCUUUCUUAUGGUAUGGGACAUAAUGGUAGGGAUAUUGGGACAUUUUUCUCAAAACAAAACAAAGUACAAGAGUGAAAAAAUAUAUUCAAAGGUGUGUGAUAGUGAUAGGGCUUAUACUUAAAAAAUUAAAGUGACUUGAAUCUCCUGCUUUGACAAAAAAAAAAAAAGUGUACAUGGAACUAUUGUACUUUUUGUACCAUGGGCUAAUAUUUAGUAGAUAGGGCAGAAAAGUGGUAUAUUUGAUUGACGGAGGGAACAAUUUAUUUCCAAAUCCUGUAGCAUCUGAAAUCCUGAUCUCCAUGUGGGUAGAUGUGUUUCAGCCAAUGAAGUGUAUAAAUGUCUACUGAUUAAUUAAGUCUUUCACUUUUCUUCUGAUUCACUUCUACCAAUUUAAGUUGCAUGGUUCACACGCAAUUCUCACAUUCCCUUUCUCCAAUGAAGUUAUUUGUCAUAAGGCAAUAUUCAAGAAUGUGGGUGUGGGUGGCCCAACAUAAAUUAUCAGGCAAGAACCAUGUGGCAACAGAUGAUAGGUAAUCAGAGCCAGUUAUUCUGUCGGAGGAAUUAGGAUUCAGUGGUUUCUGAUGUGCUUUGUGUUUUGCUUUAUGAUUUUAUGUUAUAUAUGUUUUUUGAUACCAAAGAUAAUGAAAUAAGAUAGGGAACUCAAGUUUGUAUGUGUUUUGUUUUUGUUGGAGUAAAUGAGGAAUGUUUUUUAUAAGAUUUGAAAACUAGGGUUUCUAGAUUGUGUAAUCGUAAUGAAAGUAUCUGAAUUAGUAGUUUUCAUUUCUCUUCAGUCGUAUCAGGUGCAUACAAGGAACUAUGAAUAGGCAACUAAAAUAAAAAUAAUUAUACCUCACAGAAAAACUGUAAUGAUUUUUUUUUUCCAUCCCCGUUCAUUGAUUUAUAUUGGUGUUAUGAACUAAUCUCUUUAAAUGCAAGUCAUUUAUAUUCAGCUUCAUAGUAUUUUAUUUGAUAUCUUAGCAUAUUUUACAGUCACUUUUUUUAACCCUGCCUCCCUAUAUGCCUCUCUUCUGGGUAUAAACAAAAGUGAUAAGGGUUGCUAUUAAUUUUUAUUCUUCUUUUCUUAUAAAAGUAAUUUCUUGCCAUAUUUUCGUGAUUUCACGUCCUUUAUAUUUUGGAAAGUACUUUCUUUUUUUGUUUAGUUUUUUGUUUUUGUUUUUAUGGUAAAAUAGCUACUGUUAGUUCUUUUCAGUUCUUUUAUUUCUUCCUUUAUGGAUCUUCUUAGGAAGGUGAGUCAAUCAGUGCUAGGGAAUAGUUAGGGGUGAGUAAUAG